AUGACGAUGACAAUAAAGAUAAAGGAGAAGGAGGAGGAAAAGGAAGGAGGAAAAAGAGGAUGCUCCAGCUCCAUCUCCAUCUGCAAAGACGCUCCCAAUCUCCUCUCAUUCUUCGUUGACACCUUCGUUGACUUCUCAGUCAGUGGCCUCUUCCUCCUCCCGAUGCCGCCGCUACAAAACCCUAACCCUUCAAUUUCCCGCUCCCUACCGCCAUUACCCACCGGGCUGCCCUCUCCGAGCCGCCUGAUCGCCGUCGGCGAUCUCCACGGCGACCUCGACAAGACGAAGCAGGCGCUACGCCUGGCCGGCCUUAUCGAUGCCACUGACCACUACGUAGGGGGCUCCGCCACCGUCGUCCAGGUCGGCGAUGUCCUUGACCGCGGCGGCGACGAGCUCAAGAUCCUCUACUUCCUCGAGAAGCUGAAACGCGAGGCGGCCCGCAGCGGCGGCAAGAUCAUCACCAUGAACGGCAACCACAAAAUCAUGAACAUUGAGGGUGAUUUCCGCUUUGUAACAAAAACAGCUCUAGAUGAAUUUAGGGUUUGGGAGCAGUGGUUCAGUGUUGGUAACAAAAUGAAGGGCCUCUGCCAAGGUUUAGAAACCCCCACAGACCCCUUCAAAGGGGUUCCGAUGUCAUUUCACGGUGUGAAAAGAGAGUUCUUCGACGGGUUUCGAGCCCGGGUUGCGGCCCUGCGGCCUAACGGCCCAAUUUCGAGUAGGUUUCUGUUGCAGAAUGUAACUCUCUUGGUUGUUGGGGAUUCCGUUUUUGUUCACGGAGGGUUGUUGCCGCAGCAUGUUGAUUACGGUUUGGAGAGGAUCAAUGAGGAAGUUAGGAAUUGGAUUAAUGGCUCCUCGGGGAAGUUUUCGCCGCAGUAUUGCCGGGGGAGGAAUGCUGCCGUUUGGUUGAGGAAAUUCUCAAAUGAGGUUGCUCAGGAUUGCGAUUGUGCGACUCUUGAACAUGUUCUGAAGACGGUCCCUGGUGCGAAGAGGAUGAUCAUGGGACACACAAUUCAGACGGCUGGUAUUAAUGGUGCCUGCGAGAACAGAGCUAUUCGGAUCGAUGUGGGCAUGUCGACGGGGUGUGGUGGUGGUUUGCCUGAGGUUUUGGAGAUAAGUAAGAAUUCUGGGUUGCGGAUAUUGACUUCGAAUCCAUUGUACCAGAAUAUGGGCAAUGCUGGGUUAAAUGCGGGUAAAGAAGAAUUCUCCAUGCUUGUAACAGAAACAGGGAAUGAACAACAUCCAGUGUACUUUGUGAGCAAAGUACUACAAAAUGCUCAAACAAGGUACCCGACAAUAGAAAAAUUAGCGUUCAGCUUCGUCAUCACAGCUCGGCGUCUGCGAUAUUAUUUUCAGACACAUCUGAUAAUAGUUCGGACUGGUUAA